GGUGAAGUUGUGAGUGGGCGCUCGUUCUCGUCGAAAACUAUCCUCAAAUACUUGACUAUGUGUCUCUGUCCGUGUCAGUAUGAGCGCAACUACUCUGUUACAAAUCGUCGUCGCCGGGACACAAACCCACUACGAGACCAGAGGACUGAUCGAUGACAAGAGGCUGGAACAUUUGUUGAUUGCGGGAAAACAAAUUUUGUACAAGUCACACCAAGAGAGCGAUGUCCGUUCAGCGUUGGGAUUCAAUCCUCGAGUAUGGGAAGGUCUGACUAGAGUUCUUACCGUUGCCAUUCCUGCGCUUGAACAGCAAUCCUUUGCCUGGAAAAAUCCUCCCGCCUCAAGCUUCAACGGAAGCAGCUCAGAGCUGAUUGCCGCGCAUUACCUCUCUCUGGUGAAGGACAUCGAGCGCUUGAAUGAUCUAUGCACCAUUGCGCGCAACCUGCUAGCAACGACGAAAAAGGCUCAGAACCUUGCCGCUGAGAAGGGUUUUGAUCAACAAAUACUCAGACUAAUCGACGUCUGUGUCCGCGUGACUGCUCGAGGGUAUGAUGGUGAACAGAAUCCCAGGAACGAGGAGAGAUGGCAAAAGGUGGUCAACCUUUACAAGAGAUUGUUGAUAACAUGCCUGCAAUUCUUGCACAACUUUAUCAUGCACAACGAACAACGCAAGUUGGUUCUAUGGCUGGAUCUCUUUGGCCAGGCACAGGCGCACGAGAACGAUGACAAUGUCAAUCAAGAGCCUGAAAUCGAAGGGGAAAGCGAUCAGGGAACUGGUACACGAGCAGAGCGGAUCAAAUUAGCUGCCGAACAAAUAUCUCGCCAGGACCAAGGAGAAUCGGGUGAUGCACCGGGAUACAAUGUCGACGAUGUACAUGCUCUAUUCGACAUGAUGAGCAUCAACAAAGAGCCAGACGAACAGGCGCAGGCACAGAUGAAUGUUGUCAUGGACAAGAUCAAAAGCGACAUGGCGAAACUCGCUGGUAUGACGGUCAGCCAAUUAGACGCCACUCCCGACAUUCUUCUCAAAGUAGGAGCAGAAUUACGUCGCCAUAUACCGCCUCGCGAACCUAUUGUUGCUCAGAGCCAACAGAAUGGCGUUGAAGGCGUCACCAACGGGGAAGCCACUAACAGCCAGGGACGUCGGACGCAGUUACGUGACGUACCCAACGUGGCUUCCUAUGGUGGUCUCGCCGAAGCAGGUCAAAACUUAACGGAUGAGGAUCUGACCAUGCCUAGGACGGCACAGUCUGCGGCCGCCACUUUACAGGAAGCGAAGGAUGAACUCAUGGCUCGCUUACAUGAGUCCGGGCCGAUUGUGGAUGAGAAUGGGGACAUUUCUUAUGACGAGGACGGCAAUCCUGAAGACUACGACGACGACCUAGUUGAUAGUGUCGAGGAUAGUAUGGAAGAGGAAGAGGAAGAGGACGAUGACGAAGAUUAUCGUGGCUCCGGAGAUCAAGAAAGAGGUCUACUCACAGAUGUCCCUCUUGUGUUGGGACCAACCGAAAUUGAAGCUCUUCCGAUGAUCAUUCAAGCGGGUAUCGUCGAUAAUUUCGGGUCCAAGAACAAUGAACGGAACGGUGCUAAGAACAUGCAGGCGGUCCGCUGCCACAUCUUGCUCGCACAGGAAGCAGGACGCAAUGUGUUGAGAGAGUUACUGAUCUUCAUUGCGGCCUGGGAUCUUCCUGAUGACGAGUUUUAUUUCAAGAUGAUGGUUCAGAUCAUGGAAGCCAUUCUCAAGAACGGAUUGAUGUCUCACGCCUAUUCAGACUUUGGACAGCCGAAAGAUAUUAUCUCUCCUGCCCAAGCUGUGGUUAUCAAAAUCCUUACGCACAUUUUCCGGGCCAAGUACAGUCCUGCUUCGGUUGUCCAGAACUCAAAUGAGCAACCACAACCGAAAUCACGAGUGCCCGCUCCUCUCAGCAGAGUCGAUGUCUUGACGGUUCGGUACAUUUUUAUUGUGUUCCGUGGCAACAUCAUCCCUGAGACAUGCGCUCUGAUCUAUCUGCAGGGUCAGAUUCGUGCCGGACUAGCGUUGGCUGAGGACUUUCCACUUAAUCUGUGGGAUAUGGAGAGAGUUUAUGAAGGUGUUUAUCAGUUCCUGGAAUUCUUUGCCGUCUUGACCGAGAACAACGACUGGAAGAGCCUGCUUGUCCAGUGGGAGAUCGUAUAUGAUCUGGUCACACUGAUCAAAGAGCUUGACAAUAGCAUCGCCAAAGUCUCUCUCACAAAGACAAUGCCCCCUCCAACUGCAAAAGCGACGACUAAUGGCACAGCACUCAAAGAGGCUGAAUCGGAUACGAAGGAGUCGGGCCCGAUUGCUGUUGAAAGACCUUAUGAUGCAUCGUCUACUGUCGAUCCGGUGACGCAAAAACUGGAACAGGCUUCAAUUGAACCAGAAGCUGAAUCAUUACCGCCGACAUCGCACUCUCCACCUCCACCACAAGUGACCGAAGAGCCUGCAGAUUUUGAAUGGCGAAAUCUUAAGAAGUUGAUAGUGUUGGUCUUAUCGAGUUUGGUAUGGAAGUCUCCAACUGUACAAAACCAGAUCAGACAACAUGGCGGCCUUGAGACAAUCUUAAGCUGUACGCAGUAUGAUGCGUGUAACCCCUACAUCAAAGAGCACGCCGUCAUGUGUCUCAAAUUCCUUCUCGAAGGAAAUGCAGAAAACCAAGCACUUGUCUCCAGCUUGGAAGCACGAGAGGUCGCUACACCUGAUGCGGCAACGCAGGAAGUCAUCGAUAAGAUGAGCCUCAAGUUUCAACUAAACAAAGAUGGCAAGGUCGAGCUCAACGAGAAAGAAGUCGCAUACUUGAGGAAUCUGGCAUCUGACACACAAAGAAAACCGUUACGUUCAAGCACCAAAGACAGUGGGAGAAUCCAACCAGAUCCUGACGCAACAUAUUCGGCUCUGGAAACGAAAACAGACAAGGGAAAGGGCAAAGAAAGAGCCACUUCCGAAGACGAAAUCGAGUUUAUGUAGUUCAUCAACUCGAUCCGUGCAACGAUUGCGUCAAUGAUUCCAGAUAUGAAGAAGUCAUUGAUAUUCAGGCUUGCACCCUCAUCGCGGUUCACGUUAUUCAGGCUCACACCUCCAUUGCCGGCCGCACCUGGAAAUUCAAAUCAGGAAUAUGAAGAUCCGGAUUUGUACGGCCCUGCCACGGCAUGAGCAAGUGGUUGCGAUACCACAAUAUGUAAUAGGAUAGCAUCCAGACUAUCGUUAGGGAGAUAGCAGAAUAACGUCGUAUUUCUAGACAAAGGUCACGUAUGGACGCU